AUGAUGAGUUUAAUUCAUCUUAAUCACAAAUUCUACAAAACCCUUCUUACUUUAAGUAUUUUAUUAGUAUUAUGUACCGGUGAAAUAAUUAGUUCAAAAACAAAAAGAAAAUAUGGAUAUAAGAUUCAUGAAAACACAAAAGUUGCAGAAUCUGACUAUUAUUCAAUAAAUAGCCGGUCCAAAUUUGAAGAAAGAAUUGAAAAUUCCAAAUUUCCUCUUGCAAAAUACUCUGGUGAUCGUUUAUCUGCUCCAGUUCAACUAUUAGAAUCGAUUAUAGCACGAGAUAUUGGUAGAUUUAUUAAUAUUUCCAGCUUUUUAUCAAAGAUUGGAUAUAAGUUUGGAAAAAGUAAUCAUUCUGAAACUCCAUUGACUGCUGCAUGCAAAAUUUCUGGAGAAAUUGGAUAUUUUUUUGUAUCACAUCUUCUUUCUUUAGGAGCUUCUGCUGAUGUUUAUAGUGAUUAUGGAUUUACUCCACUUCUUUUGGCUUGUAAAUAUAAACAUAAAGAGGUUGUUAGGUUAUUAAUUGAAAAAGGAAAAUCUCAACUAGACUGUACUGAUUCUGAUGGAAGAACUCCCUUGUUCUAUGCAAUAAGCCAGCUUGAUAUAGGAUUAGUAAAUUAUUUGCUUGAAAAAGGAGCUAAUCCUAAUUUUAGAGAUAUAUUAGGAAAUACUCCACUUAUUCACGCAUUAAUGGUGAAUUUUAAAGAAGCUGUUAGUUCUUUAUUAUCUUUUGGAGCAUUUCCUUGGAUUAGAAAUUAUGCUGGUUUUGAUCCGGUUACCUUAGCAGUUCUUGAAAAUAGAAUUGGAAUUCUUCCAAUAUUAAUUAGUUCAAAAAGAUACUCUCUUGAAGAGUUUAAUAUACGAAAAAAUAUUCCAGAAUAUCACCAUUCGGCUGCAAGAAGACUUUUAUUAGGAAUUAAGUAUUAUAUCAGAGAACAGAUACUCUUGGAAUUACUUGAAAUUGAAAUAUCACUUGAAAAUGUGGUUUUAUGUUCUGCUUCUGAUCAAAAUGGUUUAACUAUUCUUUGGUGGGCAUGUAAACUGCAUUAUCCCAAAUUUAUCUUCAGAUUAUUGGAAUUCUACCUACAGGCAAGAAACUUACCAGAAGGACAUAUAUGCAAUCCACAUAAAACUGGGAAUAAUCAAAUUAUGCCAAUUGAACUUUUAAUUACACAUUUAUAUAAUGAAGAGCAGCCAUAUGGUUUUUCCUUUAGAAGAAGAUUCAUGGAUCUGAUAUUUAAAGGAGCUUCUUUUAAGACAAUGAAUACUCCAAAUAUUGUUUUAAUGAAUAUAUUUGCUCUUUUAUUUAUGCUUGAUCCAUAUUCAAAUAGAUCUUUUUUGAUUCAAGCACUAUAUUCUAAUAGAAGUAUUGAAAGCCUUACAAAAGUACUCUUUGGGAUCCCAAUGUAUAAUUCAAAGCCUGAUCUUCAAAGUAUCACUCAAAUGUUAAUUUUGACCAAAAAAAGUGAAUUAAUGAAUAGGUUUACCAAUAUGAUUAAAACCAUAAUUUUUAUCCUUGUUAAUAGUCAUAAAAACCAACUUCAAACUCUUCAAAAUCAAAAUAGGGAUGAAAAAGACCAACAACAACAAUCUGUUUUACUUUUAACCUCAAAAAUUGUUUGCAUUGUCUUCAAAAGAAAUCUCGUCAAAUAUAAAGAUGAUGAUACGGGAGAAUUCUUCCAAAAAAAUAUUCUAAAUCCUUUCAUUUAUCCUCUAUUGGUUAUUGGAGAAACCAAUUCUUUAGAGGAAUCUAAUUCUCUCAGUAUUAGUAUUCUUCGAGGAAAUAACUUGUUAACGAGAUUUCUCACAAACUUAUUCAACCAAUGUAUUGAGCAGACUGUGACUAAAAUUCAAUUCAAAUACAAAAGACUUUGUAUCAAAGCAUAUCAAGGAGCACUAAAACUUGCUUUAAAACAGUAUCAACCAGCUGACUCCAAUUCUAUAUUUCAGAAAAAUGUAGAUCUUGCUCUCUUCACGCUUUUACAGAAUAGGCCAAAGGUAUUUAAUGAUGUUUUGCUUGAACUUGACUACUGCAAGCAAUCUGAAGAGGCUAUUGCUGUUAAACUCUUGCAAUAUGUGGUCACAGUUUUUUUACCAAAAUUGUCUUACUCUAAUAAAAGACUUUUCAACUCUCAACUGAAUUUGGAUAUUCGAAAAUGUACUUCGGAAUCCCAAACAGCUUUGAAUAAGCGUUCUUAUGAGUUUUGUAACCAAUAUUCAAAAAAUAAUUCCAAGGAGAAUAGUAAUUAUGUUGAGUCGUCUGCUCUUCCCUUUCCUACUCACACAUAUCACUUAACAAACAAUGAUAAAAUUUCAUUACUUGAAUUUUCCACAAAGUCUUUAAUAAAAUAUAACUGUGAUGUAAGCACUCCAAGAUUUGUAGAUUUGCUUUUGCUUUCAACCUGGGAAAAUCUGGAUUUGCUUUCAAAUUGGUUUGUCACAGAAAACCAUCUUAGAAGAACUAUGGACUUUCUUUUAAGAUCAGUUGUACCAGAGUCUGUUCAAAUGCCUAAACCUUUGUCAUUGUUUGCUCUUAAAAUCUUAGGGUUCUCUCCUUUAUUCUCAAGGUUUGUGCUUCGUAAGCAUCAGAUCAAUGAAGGUACCAAACCAUUUUACAACUUUGUGAUUAAAAGAAACAUAAUUUCGGAAGCUAUAAUUAACCAUCCUUCAUUUAAAUCAGACCGUUCAAUUGAUAAUAAAAUUACUGCCAUCAUCUUAAUUAGUUUGGUUAUAGCCAUCCUGAUCUUAUUAACUGUCUUAAUUGUAAGUGACAGUCCUUCAUCUUAUAAGAAAAGGUAUCUUAGAAGCAACUUAAAUAGAGCUAAUACCGAUACUUCCAUCAAAUCUGGCUAUAAAUCAUCAAAUAAAUCCAUUAUUGGCUCUGAACAAGACGUAGUUGUUGAGACAUUAUAUAAUACUUAUCAUGAUGAAGGAUCCAUUAGUUCCCUUAAUUCCUACUUAGAAGAAACGACGAACUCAUACAAAGUAGAAAGAGGUGUGAACUGCAAUACAAAUGAUAAUUCCAAUCAUAGUAGCAUUAGUAAUACCAGUAAUAGUGGCAUAAAUGUUAUUAAUGAUUCUAAGCACGACCAAAGUUGUGAUUUCCAUUACAGAGAUGAUGAUAUAAAUUAUUCUGGUCAAAGCUGUCAGCAGAAUCAGAGUGUAGUAGAAAGGAGCAAAGUCUCGUUUAUAUUGGUUACAUUUAAAGCUCUGUUUGGCUGGGUCAUGUCAAAGUAUGUUAUAUUUGCGAUGAAUCUUUCAUCCUUUUUGAGUGCAAAAAAACAGAUAUCUCCAACUUUUAUUCUUGCUAAUAACCUGCCUAUAAAGUCCAGAUCAUGUUUGAAAGCAUUAUUAUUUGGAUUGAAGUGUACCUUUAUUGGAUAUGAUGCCUUUGAAGAUAUCUUCUUUCGAAUUAGAAAAUUCUUCAAUUACAAAACCACAGGAAUACAGAGAAAAACCAAUACUUUUCUUUUUCUUGGAUUACUACGUUUUUUAAUUUUAACCCUAUCAAUGUACUGGAUUAUUUCUUGUAAGAGUAUUGAUUUAUUGAUAGUUUCAAUUUACCUUUCUUUACUUUCAGCCAUUUCAAAUGCUUCUUUAUCUCUAGCAAGCAUUUCAAUUCACGAAAGAGAUAGACUUUUUCAUCUUUUUGUUCCAUCUACAGUUGAUCUUGUUGAUUCAGUAAAUUUGGAUUAUGGUUAUCAAAAAGAAGUAUUCGAAUCAUAUCCUGAGCUUAGCCCUGAGAAUCAGAUAGACUUUUCAACAUUGAAUGCUAAUCAGCCUUCAUCAAAUGUCUCACCUAUAUAUGAUGAUAAGAUUGUACAUAUCCUGGAUAAGUAUGCAGACUCUCUGCUUACUCCUUCUCCUCGACUAAUUUCUUCUCAAAUUGGUGGGCAGUCGCCACUCCAGUCUUAUAGUCCAGUUAAUCAAAAUACAGAUAAUGGAGGCUCUGGUAGUAAAAAUUUUGAGAUAAUUAAUCAAAGUUUCUGGAACAAAAAGCUUCCUACACACAAGUACUGGGCUUUAAAAGAUGUUUUCCAUGAGUAUUACUCAAUUUGGAUUAGUUCAAAAUAUUCGGGAUUGCUUCAGGCUCAGAACUUUUCUCAAAACAAUAAUAGUGGUAUGAUUUAUGAUAUGGAUCUCGCUUCAAACAGCCAUUCUCCAAAUAGUAAUAAAUUAAUUUCUCAAAAUCCAUUCGAAGCAAUUAAUUCUUGCAUAUUUUUCUCAGAUGAGUACUUUUUUUUCAACUCAAACAAUGUGAGAAUUGCAUCUAGUAGUAAUAUUUGUGGAAAUUUGGGAAUAAAUAAUAAAAAUAAUAGCAAAGUUAACUCCUUUUCACAGAUCACAAACUCAAAUAAUAGCCCUGUAAGUUACCAGAAUAACGUAAGUUCAGCAGAAUAUUCCCCUGUUUUAAGUAACAAUAGUCCAAGCCAGAUUAAUAGUCUUUAUUUACAGAAUGCCACAAUUGAGCAUCAUAUCCUUUCAAUUUGUCAGACUGAGUUUAUAAAACCAAAUGACUGCAGAAUUUGGUAUAUAAUCCAAUGGUUAAUUUGUAUGUUUAUUACUCUUUCAUUUUACUUACUUUCUUACUUUGAUCAGAGAAAUCUAUACUAUAAUUUUCUUCAAUACCCAGAUAAAUGGAAAAGAUUUUCUGAAUCAACUAUUAUUACAGUAUUCUUUGAAAUUAUAUUAAUUUCACACUUUGCUCUUAUUUUAUGGACAUUUUUGAAUCCUCUGGGAUUUUUGUGGGUAUUAAUUAUCCAAAGAUUUCGUGUUUUCUUAUACAUUAUUAAUAAUCUUUUAAAACGAAGAAAGAAGCGUAAACUUACAAAUAUUAAUGAGAUUUUAAUAUUAAGAGAGUUAACAUUCUUUAUAACAAUUUGGAAUUACAUCAUUUCAAGAAACAAUGGAUUUCUUCAACUCACUCUUUACAAUAAAUACUUUAAAUCUGCGUAUUUCUUCUUUUUGGUUUUCUUUACUCUUCACUUCUUUAUUUUGAAAGGACAAUUCCAACUAAUAAUUCGGUCACAACUAUUCUUUACUUUAUUUACAUUUGUUAUAUCACUUAUGGUCUUAAUUGCUUUAAUAUUUGUUUUUAUUCUACUGACAAAUGUUGUUACAAAGAGCAUUUCUUCUUCAAUCAACUCAAUUCUUCACACCUAUUACCAUAACAAGCUCUUCCACUUAUUCCUCAGAAGAGAGAUUUCCAUUUUAACAGCAAAAAGGCAUGAUGCUUUUCUACAUUUUGACUAUUACUAA